UUGAUUGUCUCAUUCCUAACUGUCAAACGUCAACCUCCACAACACAAAAACAAGCGUUAAUAAAAUUAAAUAGCAUGGAGGGUUUAAUAAUUCACGAUUUGAGUAAAAUCUGUCGGGUUUGUUUAUCAGAAAACGACCACAUGUUUUCGAUUUAUAGUGAGGUCUACGAGGAACACACCCAAGAAGAAAUUCCCUGUGUGUACGAAAUUUUAACAAAUGUGUUGUCUCUGAAGAUUCAAAACAAUGAUGGUUUGCCGUCCAUGAUCUGCAUGAAGUGUGUAGAACUGGCCCAUGUGUCGUUCAAAUUCCAAAAACAGUGCAGCCGCUCCCAGGCCGCUUUAGAAACGUAUUUAAAACAAUGUUCACAAGUAAAGUCAAUCGAAGAAAGCGUAUUUUUGGUGGACGAAGGCGUCAAAAAUGACCAAGACGCGUUAAAGCAGACGGAAAAUGAGCCAAUUAGUAAAACAAGCAGCGAAAAGAGUUAUAGUUGCACGAUUUGUGACAAAUCCUACAAGUACUCUAACAGUCUUCGCGUGCACAUGCGCAACCACACUCAAGAAAAACCCUACACUUGUAAAACUUGCGGUAAAAGUUUCAAACAGUGCAGUUCUCUGCUUUACCACAAUCGUAGUCACACGGGUGAGCAACCCUACGUUUGUAAACUAUGUGGAAAAAGAUAUAGACAGUCGGGGACUUUGACGGCGCAUAUGAGGGUCCACACGGGUCAGAAACCCUUCCUGUGUUCCAUAUGUGGUAGAGGUUUCAGGCAAGCGCCUGAUUUAGGGUACCACAUGAGAUCACACACCAAAGAAAAACCCUACAUGUGUAAUGUAUGCGGGAAAACGAUGUCAAUGCAGUCGCAUUUAGUACAACAUAUGAGGAUUCACACUGGAGAGAAACCCUUUAAGUGCGAUGUAUGUGACAAAGCAUUCCCGUCGUCCACUAGAUUGAAACGACACGCCAUCAUUCACACUAGUUUGAAACCCUACACUUGUGAAGUGUGCUCAAAGUCGUUCAAUCGGAUGAGUAGUCUGAAAGUACAUGGGAAAAUACACACGGAUGAAAGGGCGCAUGUGUGCCCGAUUUGUAACAAAGGGUUUAUCCAAGCGCAUGCGCUUCGGUCGCAUUUGACGUCACACUCGUCGGAGUUGGGGUAUUUGCUAUGAGUGCGUUGGAUAGCCUGUAGCGAAAAUUAAUUCAGUGUAGUUAAGUCUGACAAUAUACAUAUAUAUUAUU